UAUAGCUAUUUGGCGCCUAAAUUUGUAUGAGCCAAAUGAAACAACAUUAUUUAUUGUCUCAUUUUCUCUAAGCACCCAAAUGUUGUGUCCUAUUCCUUACAUAGUGUCACAGGUCCCAUUUCACCUUGUCCAAAUCACAUUGCUAGUAUAUAAAUUAUGCAUAUUCGAUGCUGCACCAAAUAUAACCAUAUAUUAUUAAUUAUUAAUUAAUAAUUAUAUAACAUAUGGAUCAUCAUGGAAUGUAUACCAAAGGUAUGGAAAAUAAAAAUGUUUUUGAGAUUCCUGUUUCAGCAGAGGAAUUGAAGAUAAGAAGUGAGCUAGGAAUGAAGAUUGAAAGGGAUUUGGAAGAGGAGAUUAAGGAAAGUAUAUACAAUCUUGCUAUUAGAUUGCACCGAAUUAUUCAACAUAGGAAGGAGAGGGAUACAAAAGAAGAAGCAUGUGAUAAGGUACAUAAGAAAACUAGAGCAAUUUCUGAGGUAAUUAUAAGUAUGAGAAUUGGAGGAGGGACUAAAAUUGAAAUCAAGGAGGUUAACAAAGAAGCAAAUGAAAGGGAAUGUUCUUUUAGACCAAAAAAAUGUUUGAAAGAAGUGAAGAAGAUUGAUUGGGAGAAGAAUCUAAGGGUAGGUUCAAGCCCUGUUUCUGUGAAAGGGUCAUGUGUUAGAUCAAUGCACAAGGAUAGAAUAAGGCCUAGAGGAAAAUAUGCAAGUGGGGAUAAGAAGCUACUUCAAUUGGUGUGGAAGGUUUAAGGCUCAAAUAUAUUUUUGUGUUUUUUUUUUUUUGUUGGUGUUUGGAUGAUUUAUGGUGCAGUAAUUGUGAUGUCAAUUAUAUUUUUAAAAACUAUUUCUUGCAUCAUAAAGCAAGAGGAUCUAA